AUGCUGGCGGGCGUUCUCCUCGUGCGCUGUCUGGACCACGCCGAGGGGCAAGACGAGUCCGCCGAGGCUGAGAUUGACUUCGGUCUUCUCGGGCAGCUCGCUUUUGGAAGAAAGGGGCAGGCUGGCAUCAACUGUGUAUUCGCGUUGGAGCUGUGGCUGGCUACUGUGAUAUUUUUCGUUCUCAUUGGGAUCAAUACAAAGUUUGUCUUCGGCUUGGAGCCCUGGCUGUCGAUCGUCGUCUCUGGCUUACUUACAUUUGGACUCUUCUACAUUCCUAUGCGCGUUCUUGCUUUUCUUUCGCUCAUCAGCGUUCUAUUCAUGGGCUUGCUUCUUGCCGUGCUCGUAUAUUCUGGCGAGAGCAUGCCGAUGCAUGCAGACCAGAUCGAGCAGCUUGUCUGGGUCAACUGGGCAGGCUCAGGACAGGCGCUUGGAGUGUUCUUGCUGUGCUUCGCUGGGGCCCCAUGCAUUCCUUCAAUAUACUCUGCCGCCCGAGACAAGCGACGCUUCCCAGUAGCUCUCAUAUUAUCUUGCAUCCUGGCGAUGUUGUAUUACGCUGCAUGUGGAGCUCUUGGGUACAUGUUUUAUGGGAGCCAAAUAAACCAGAGCUUUACUGUGAAUCUCGGGCUUGCGCUAGAUGGCUCGGGCCUCAAGGGCGGCGAGGUCUUGCCCCUGAUUGCGGCGGUGGGUUUGCUGGUGAAGCUGCAGGCUACGAUGCCCGUUAUCGUGUCACCGGUGCUGGUGGCUCUCGGAUGGAAGGGGGUGGUCUUGAAGAUUCUGUACAUCGCGCUUACAUCCGCAGUGGCCAUCGGUCUCAGUGAGUACGUCGACGCUGCCAUGAGCAUCACCGGACUAUCGGCCACAGUGACAAGUGCCGUGCUGUUUCCCAUAGUCGUGUACAUCAAGCUCUGCAAGCCUCCACUAGUUGCUCGCCUUUCUUUGGGCCUCAUAUGUACGCUGGCUGCCACUGUCGCGGUGAUUGGCAGCGUGCAGACGGCCAUCGGCCUUGUUAACAAGGAGGCAUUUUCAGCCGGCAUGUCAUAG